AAUGAACCUAGAUGAAUGUAUGUGCAUUUGUUGUUGGAUAGUUAUCGGACAUACUGAGGAUUACUGUUCAUUUGCUUGUGUAACAGCACAUACAGCUCGCCUUCCUGUUGUCUGCUAUUGCCUCUCUAAAGGCACCAACAGACACAUUCAACGAAUUGGGUAUUCAGCUCACUUGAGUGAAGUAGUUAAUAGAAAACUGGCAGAGCGCUUUGCAAUAUCGAAACAAAAAGGCUAUUGACGUUACUAUUGUCGCAGUUGUGUUCAACCGUGGUGAACUUUUUACAGGCUAUAGACAACUUCGUUCUGUCAUCGGCGCUAAUUCGGAUGAGCAUUAUUGGAUCAUUCGAGUGUUUGACAGAUCUUAGUAAUCAUCUUUGCAUCAUCUCUUCCAGCAUACGAUGGAAGAAGCUGCGGAUAAAAUGUUCACCGCUACAGCGGAUUACGUUCGCACCGAGCUCAACGCAACGCUCGAUGAAUACCAGUUACUACAGCAAAUGAACCGCGCUGCUCUAAACAAAUACCGAGAUCUAACUCAGACGACCCAGGCUAUCGGCAGCGCCUUAGAAGCGUUGGAGCAACAGUACAAGGAGCUGGCACCAGUACUUGCGCAGAUCGAUAAUAUCGAGGAGAGCGUGGAUUCGCUGGAACAAGCCGCCUACAAGCUUGAUGCAUACUGCAAACAAUUGGAGCAGAAAUUUAAGAGUCUUGAGAACAAAUGAAGCGAUGAUGACGCUAAUAAACUUACUGCGGUCAGAAGAUGUCCAGAAAUGUAAAUUUAUGAAUCGUCCAACGCGCGAUCCUCGUGCGAGUUCGAUACCCAGCAAUUGCGUAGGUUGCACUGUUCGGGAUCCGGCAUUGAUACGUUUAUUAAAAUGUUUCGUGACGUUUACAUAAAAUACUAUAGGCAUUCA